GCCAGUGGCACUGCAGAGGUACAACAGCACAGUGGGCUAAAGCAUUGCUACAAGAGGUAAAGGAACAUGCGAUCCCGCAGCAACAGUCUGGAGGAUGUAACUAAGGCCAAGCUGGCGCAGCAGCAGGAAGGCACACGCAAGCGAACUGCGGAGCGGGAAGAGCCCGCGGGAAGGGCAGAGCGCCGUAGUCGACACCGGGAGCCACCGGAUGACACUGGCACCAUCCAGCGGAACAACAACACGGACAAGAACAAGAACAGCACCUGUGGCAGUGAUAGUGGUAGCACCAGUGGUGCUGCAAAGGGCGGCCGGAAGGAGAAAGGCAGGGACCUUUCCCGAGAUGACCUCGUCUUUCUACUGAGCCUGCUGGAGGGAGAGUUACAGGCCAGAGAUGAGGUGAUCACAGUGCUUAAGGCAGAGAAAAUCGACUUGGCACUGAUAGAGGCCAAGUAUGGUUUUGUGACACCACAGAAGGUCAUGCAGGCUCUGCAGAGAGACGCCAUCCAGGAUAAAGAUGACAUGUUGCAGGAAGACAUCUAUGAGAGGCCCAUGAUAGAGCUGGACAAGUUGGUAGAGAAGCAGAGGGAGACGCACCGGCGGAUGCUGGAGCAGCUGCUGAUGGUGGAGCAGUCGCACAAACAGGCCCUGUACAAGUUAGAGGACGAGAAGAGGAACCACGGAGAGUUCAUGAAGAAGAGCGACGAGUUCACCAACCUGCUGGAGCAGGAGCGCGAGAGGUUGAAGCUGUUAAUUGAUCAGGAAAAGGCUUACCAAGAACGAAAGGAGGAAGAGAACGACAAAAAGGUCUCAAGUCUGAAGGAAGAGCUGACAAAACUGAAGUCAUUUGCGUUGAUGGUAGUGGAUGAACAGCAACGCCUCACCGAGCAGCUGAAUCAACAAACAGCUAAGGUCCAAGAACUGAGUGCCAGUGCUUCACAAUCCCAAGAGGAGCUGAUCUCAGCUAAUGCCCGUCUGCAGGAAGAGGAGCAAAAGGUCAUUCGCUUGGAGGCUGAGCGGCGCGACCAAGCCAUUCGACACCAUCAAGAACAAGAGGCCAUGACUGCCAAAUUGACCAGCGAGGAUGCCCAAAGCAGGCAGCUGCGCCAGAAACUGUCAGCUCUCAGCAGGCAGCUUGAUGAGCUGGAGGAGACCAACAAGACCCUGCGCAGAGCUGAGGAGGAACUGCAGGAGCUAAGGGACAAAAUUAGCCGUGGUGAGUGUGGAAACUCUAGCCUCAUGUCUGAGCUCGAAGAGUUACGGAAAAGGGUACUUGAAAUGGAGGGAAAGGAUGAAGAGUUGAUCAGAAUGGAGGACCACUGCAGGGACCUCAACAAGAAACUGGAAAAAGAGGCCAACCAAAGUCGGAGCUUGAAGGCUGAAGUCGAUAAGCUGAACCACAGAAUUAUGGACUUGGAAAAACUAGAGGAUGCAUUUAGCAAGAGCAAACAAGAAUGCAACUUUCUCAAAAGUAACCUGGAGAAGGAGAAGACAGUGUCAAAGGUUCUGUCCAGUGAGCUGGAAGUCUUGAAAGUCAGGGUCAGAGAACUAGAGGCUGCUGAAAACCAGCUGGGAAAGACAGAACUGACACUGAAGGAAGAUCUCACCAAGUUAAAGACACUGACAGUCAUGCUGGUGGAUGAAAGGAAGGCAAUGGCAGAGAAGCUAAAGCAAAUGGAGAACAAAGUCCAAAACAGCACUGGAAAACUUCAGGCUGAACAGGACAAAGUUACAUCAGUCACAGAGAAACUAAUUGAGGAGAGCAAGAAAGCACUGAGGUCAAAGGCUGAGCUAGAGGAGAAAAUGUGCAGUGCUACAAAGGACAGGGAUGACCUGAAGGACAAGUUGAGGGCUGAGGAGGAAAAGAGCAAUGAUUUGGAGUCUAAGAUCAGUAUGAUGAAGAAAAGGAUGCAAUCACUAGAGACAAUAGAGAGAGAAUACCUGAGGAGCAAAGCUAAAGAGGAGAACAUCAAAACACCCAUUGCAAACCGCUUCCAACAAGAGGACAACAAAGUUAAGGAUUUAACACAGGAGGUUGAGCGUCUUAGACGCAAAUUAAAAGAUAUGAAGGUGGUAGAAGGUGACCUAUUAAAAACAGAGGAGUUAGAAUCACUGGAGAAAAGAUUUACUAACGAGCAGGAGAAAGCCAAGAUUUUGAUGGAGGAGCUGGAAAUAUCUAGAAAAGAACUUUCCAAGUACCAGCUGGCAGAAAAGAAAGAGUGCAACCAAGAGCAUGUUCUGUAUAAACGCUUGAAGGAGGAAGAGGCAAAGUCUAGCCAUUUGACCAGAGAGGUAGCAGCCCUGAAAGAGAAGAUCCAUGAAUACAUGGGAACAGAGGAGUCCAUUUGCUGUAUGAAAACUGACCACUCCACACUGCAAAGAAAACUGACACAGCAGGAGGUCAGAAACAAAGAAUUGGCCAGAGAAAUGGACACACUCACACGAGAGCUUGAGCGAUAUAGACGAUUUAGCAAAAGUCUACGCCCUGGCAUGAACGGGAGGCGCUUCUCAGAUCUGCAUGUUUCCACCAAGGAAGUCCAGACAGAUCCGCUUGACCUCAUGUCUCCCAACGGCAAGACAAUGGCACCACUGGAACGUGCUGUGGUGAACGGGAAGCUGUACGACGAGAGUGAGGCCGAGGAAAACGCGAAUUACAGCAACGAGCUUCAGCUCACGAAAUGCAGCCCCUCGCUCAUCAAUAAUGUAAACAACCUAAACAACAACAUGAGAAGAGCGAGAGUCCCGUUCCUCAAAAACAAAGAAAGCCCCCAUCAAGUGAAUGGUAAAGUGCAGCCACGGCAGAAUGGCAACCAUGUGCAGUCUGGAGAUGUUGUGUUGACCCACAGUCCUGGACAGCCUCUGCACAUUAAAGUGACUCCUGACCACGGACACAACACUGCAACGCUAGAGAUCACCAGCCCGACCGGAGAAAACACCCAGUCAUUCACCAGCACUGCCGUCAUACCCACAAGUGGAGGUCCACCCAAACAGAGAAUUACCAUCAUCCAGAAUGCAUCCAUAUCCCCAACUGCAAAAUCCAUUUCCCCCACGACAAAAUGUAAAGGUUCCCCUGUGUCAGACGAGCCGUGUUCACCAGAUAGGGCUCUAUCACCUUUCACUAUGUCUACAUACUCCAGGGCGAUGACCCCGGACUCUUGCGGCUCUGUAACACCAGACAGAGCCAUGUCACCUAUACAAAUUGUCUCGGUCACAACGGGCACCCCUGAUCGCUCCCUCUCCACGGAGCCAGUGGAAGUUGUCGGCGGGCACGCCGUCUUCCGUGUGACCCCUGAAAGGCAAAGCAGCUGGCAGGUCCAGAGGUCAAACAGCUCGGGGCCAAACGUCAUCACCACAGAGGACAACAAAAUCCACAUUCACUUAGGGAGCCCCUUCAUUCAGAGCAUCAGCACUCCGACACAAACGCUGAGUCCAUGCCACACGCCCGGACUCCAGGAGCAGAGGACUCAAGUGCUGGCCAAUUGCAGCACUCCUUCUGCCAAAGGCAACAGCAAAAUCACAAGUAGCAUCAUGAUUAAGCCCACCUCCACCCCAAUCCAAAGGCCAUCACAAAUUACAAUACCUCUAGAAGCAUUCCGGCGACCAGGACCUACGAGAAUCCCCAAACCGAAGGGCUACAGCUCCCAGAAAGGGACAAACAGUACUAAUCUUGGACUGCAGAACAAGGGUCAGCCGCCACAGACUCCUCUAACCACCGGGAAAGAUCAGCCAACGCAAACACCUGCAGCACACAACAACAACAACAACAACCCAAACCUAGUCAACCGCAGGCUGUGAUAUGGCUGAUGGCAGAAGGUCAGAUUAUAGUUCAGCUUAAAUAGCCUCUUAGUUCAUUUAGAUUUUAAGCAGCAGAUCUCACAAUCCAGAAUGAAAAAUAAUCAUGAAAAUCAAACUGUCAAAGUACUGAUUUAUUAUUUUUUCCAUCUCUCGUCCGCUAACCUAUAUCCAUGGUGCUCUGAAGACUGCAAAAUGCAACUGUUUAUGGUGUCAAUAUUAUGUUCAAUACACACUGUGUGAGAAAAAAAAAAAAAAAGUCAGAGAUUUUAGAGAAGUGGUUCUAAUGUUGAUUCAUUUCAUAUUUGAUGUCACUUUUGUGUGACUUGUGUGCAGAUGUCACUGUGAUCAAAAUAAAUAAUGCUAAAGAGUAAUGUUAAAAUAAUAAGUAUGUUACGUGUCGUUGAAAGAAAAAUCAAUGUUUAUUUGUAUUGAUUAGUUUGACGAUUCUAUCUGUUGUUAGAUACAGAUAAUGAUACAGCCAUUAGAUCCAUUUCUUCGGAUGGAACACGUGGACAUUUUUUAAAUAAGUGGCAAUAAUGUACAUAAAAGUGUAUUACUGAUGUGUUGUACUGCAGCUCCUUCAUAGUGAUAAUCUCUAAAAUGUGACAUUUGUGUUAUUUUUGGUUAUCAAUAAAGACUUUUUGUAC